AAUGCAUCUGCGCGCAUGUCCGCUCGCAUGCGCUUUACAAUGAUACCUAAAACCUCAGUUGAAUACAAAUAAACAUAGAAACAUACCGCUUGAGCCUGAAGUGCACCGGUAACUGUAAGACUCGGAUAAUAAAUUGUCUAUUUUAAUAAUGGACGAAGAUUUAGACAUCCUCGAAAAAGCGCUAUUAAAUCUCGAAGCCACAGAGAAGGAAGCAGAAAAAUCGGGCAAUCAUGAAAGACUUUACAAGAACUGGGGCAAAUUCGGAAAUCAAGAAGAAAGACGAAUGCGUCUUCUGGAAAUUCAAAAAGGCAAUAGAAAUAACAAAAUAGAUAGAUUUCGGGGCAUCUUGGAUCUCGUGAAUUCCGGUGAUGAUAGUAAAUUAUUCAAACCAUACAAGAAGGUUCAAUACAGACCAAAUAUAUAUGUUGCUGGAUUUCAUAAGACCUGUCUUACAUACAGUAAUGUCCUUAUGCUAUCAGAAUGGAUGAUUGAAAAGCCGAGAGAUUUUAGCAAGAACUGGUAUGUGGUGCCUUGUCCAAAAGGCAUGCGGUUGCUCGUUGUUUCAAAUCAUGGAACAACAAAGUUCUAUUCAAAGUAUGGACAUUUUAAAUUCGAGCUUCACACUGGCUUGCCAGGAGGAAAUCCAUACAAUUGCUACCGCAAGAAUUGCUGUGUAUUGGACUGUUUCUUCUGUGAAAAGACAAACACUAUGUAUUUACUGGACUUGCUUGCUUGGAAUAAUCAGCCAAUGACUGAUGGAGAGACCGAAUUCCGUCAUUAUUGGAUGAAAACUCAGCUAGAAGAUUUUCCGGAUACAAAAACGAUCAAUAAGAAAAACAAGGUUAUCAUAAAAAUACUCCCCAUGAUGCCAUGUACAAAUCAUUUCCUCAGCUACUUACUUAGUGCAUAUCCUCAAUUCGAGAAUAAUACUCCACCACUAGAUGGCUUGCUUUUCUAUCACAAGAGAGCGCACUACGUUGCUGGGGAGACUCCUUUAGUCGGUUGGUUGUACCCUUACAUGAUACCCGAAGUUCUUGGAGAAGAUAUAAUAAUACAUCCAGAGUACAUAGAUGAAACGCCAGAAGGUUAUGUGAAUCAAGCUGACUUUAUUCAGAAGUUUGAAAUUAAAUAUUCAAAGAAAAACAAAAGACGGAGCAUUAAUAUUAAGAUGGAUAUGGACUCUAAUAAGAUUGAGACAACAACUACUACAAAUGAAGCUGUUAACAUAACAAUGGAAGACGAGAAAGAAAAGUGUGAUAAAGAAAAAGAAGUGAAUGAGGCUGAAAUGAAAUAAAUAUUUAAUAUGUAUAUGUUAAUCAUAUAUGAUAAUUGUUGAUUGUAGUGUGUAGUAUUGACUUAAAUAAAUUAAUCACUUGACAUUCUAAUGAAAACUAUAUACAUUAUAAUAUGUAAACUUGAUGUUGUCUUCGUUGGUCAAAUACAAUGGGCUGGAUUUAAUUGUUUGGAUAAACGAGAUAAAAAAAUCAUACUCUUAAUAAUUUAUUUCCAUUAACGGUCUCCUAAAUUCGGCCUUGCAAAUACUUACAUUAUGUAUGAUGAAAAUGGAAUGGAUUCCUAUUAAAUAUGUUGAUUUUAAUUAGACUACUACACAUUUGAAAAAUGCUUUUGUAUACCACAUGGUAAAGUGCCCAGAUUGUUAGCAAGUAUAUGUUUGGUACAAUGCUUAAGAAAUGUUAAUAAUUUAGGAAUAAAAAAAUAUAAA